CCACGCACACACACAGAGCUGCAGUGCGCAGUAGGACAGUGUUGCUGUAACAGCGUCGCCUGCAUCUGACUGGAAUAUCGAGCGACGUAUUCAAGUGUCCUGUGACAACAAGACGAGAGGAAACGACAUUUACUGUUGACACGAGGAGGAGUGAGAUGAUGGAGAACAAACUCUGGACUGUCCUCUGGGCCCUGCUGCUGACUGUUAACUUGGGAUCCACUGAACAUGGUAAUGACCAUGCUCCUGCCUCACAAAGUCCUCUGGGGGCUGAGGUCUUCACUGGGGCCCCAGCUGCAGACUCUGCGCCUGCUCCGAGACUGGAACCCACCAGUCGUCCUGCUCUGCCACUUACCAGCUCUGACACAAACACAAGCUCCAGUGGCACCGGCAGUUUGACUAAAGAGGAGGAAAUCACCCCAAAGCCUUCUGAACACAAGCCUUCUGAACACAAGGGAAAAAACGAUUCCAACAUAGCCUCUCCCUCGGUCUCUGCUGUGCCCGAAAACAGUUCAAACCAAACUGAGGAUUUGUCAUUGCAGCCUCAAACUCUUCCUUCAGAGAACCAGACGACCACUUCUCAAACCAACUCCGCCUCUCAGACCAUCACCACAAGCUCCCCUCACACAACUCACGAUAUGCCUGUAGAAACAACGACCUAUCCCACAACGCAAUAUCCUCACUGUAAUACACAGCCGGGCGAACCCAAAACACAACCACCCACAUCUGCCCCAACACCUGAGCCUGAAACCAUCAGCAGCACCACCACCACCACCACCACCACCACCACCCACUCCAUGUCAACAUCCAGCACCUCCUCCUCUCAAGAGAAACCCAUUACUGAGUCGCAGACGCUCACAUCUCCACACACGACACAGUCCCAUGCACCCCGAGUCCAAGCGAAGUCCACCACCGCCCCUUCAAGCAGCUCCACCCCCCAGGCCAAAGCCCGUGCUGACACCCCCUCCCAGCUGAACGUGGGGGGAGACACAAUGAUGGUCCACGAAUCGCCCACAUUAGACCCUCUCCUAGCCGGCCUGGUGACAGCCUUCAUCAUCACUGCUGUUGUCAUCACUCUGCUUCUCUUCCUCAAACUGCGCCGAAGAGACAACCGACCAGAGUUCCGCAGGCUGCAGGAUUUACCUAUGGAUGACAUGAUGGAGGACACACCUUUGUCCAUGUACAGCUACUAAUGGAGGCAAGAUGGAGAUUUAUGGCACCUAUAAAAACCCUCCUUCCAUGCAGGCUCAUGCUAAAGUGUUUUCCCUUAAUCUGCGCCAAACAGAGAGACUUCUGGGUAGGUGUGAGCAAACUCCUGGCUUGCUUUCAUUUAUCCAGAUCAUUGACAUAUAGGAAAGGACACGAUUGAAGCUGCAAUGGACAAUGAAGACAGCGCCCAUGAUAAUGACCCUUGAGCAAGUUCAUCUUAAUGCAUGUAAUUACAAAUUCGGCAAAUGCAUCUUCUCAGUACUGUUUGGUCCAUAUUCCAGCUCAUGAUUUGGGGUUGUAUAAUAUAUUUUUAAUUUCCACAGAAAUGAAAAAUGUCUGUGCGAAGCACAAAGCCACAUUGUCAGUUGUAUCCAUCAGUGGUGGUUUACACAGAUUAAGCCACAUUCUUCACCAAGGGACGCAGAUAUAAUGUCCUCCAUUCAGUUUAUGUUGUAAAGUCUGGUUAGACUUAAGGUCAAUAGCAUCCUGACAGAGAGGCCAGAGAAGUCAAAUUAACAAGAAAAAGACAAAAUGGCCUGAUAUACAGUUAAUGAGGUUGCACUUUACUUUCUGAAGUGGAAACAAGUGGGCAAAUAUUUUUAUGUAUGAGAGAAAAAUAUGUUUUGUGUGUGUGUGUGUGGAAUAAGUGCAUGGAUGUGUGUUUCAUGGUCUGAGUGCAUAUGUGUCAGUGUCUUAAGGGUGAAUGUAUGAUGUUUUUUGGAAGCAUGGCAGAAUAUAUUUAAACUUGAGUUGAGUUGGAUAUGUGUUACUGUUCUUUUGUUUCUUUCCUGGAGUCUUCAGCUCAGGAGAGAGUGCCUUACACAACAUAGGAUCAGCUUUUGUUUUACUCUAUUUAUACUGCAACCAACUAACUUCCAGAUUUACCAGUCUUCUCCAGUAUUUUGUGUGAUUCCCAUCUUAAUACACGUUAAGCACCCGGAUUCUGCUCUGACUUGCCUGUGUUUGAAAGACUAGCCUUGAGCGAGUUCGACAUGAAGCACUCACUCAUACAAUGACAGUUUGCAGACUGAAAUUGGCCAGUGGCCUUUCCGCAGAAUGUUAGCAUUGUCCUGUGCAGUGUAAAUACUACUGAUGACUGAUUCAUGCAAAGACAACUUUAUAAAACUCUUUACUCUUACCAGACACAAACACAUUGACUACAAUGUCACUCAGUAGAGCGUACACCUCCGCCAAGGCCCAACAGAACCCUUAAAUACAAUCACUGAAACUCGCAGAGAUCAGUUUCCUAAAUGUGCCUGAUUUAGUUCAUCAUCAAGAUCCAUGAGUUAUUCCCUGAGGAAAUGGGGAAAACGUUGAAAAACACCCAGUCUCACAAAAUACUUGGAUCCACCCCCUGAUCUGGAUUCACAAUAGUAUAUAAUGGGUUCUUACCUGACACAUACCGCAUCAUUCCACUAAGUUUUUGCAUAAUCUUGCUUAGAAACAAAGGGGACAGGAGUGAAAACAUAAACUUCUUGGCAGAGAUAGAAAUGUUGCAAAGACUGAUGGGACAGCACAUUGUUCCCAGCUGGCGAGCUGUGAACCAUUCCAUUGAGUUUCCUGUGUUUUAAGCCUCGCUGUGUUUUCGCUUUGUAAAUAUGCAGGAAAAGGGGAGUGGAGGUUAGACACACACAGGACGACAGAAGAACCCCAUCAAUACAAAACAUACACAGCUCCUUUUUAUUUAAGAUUGAGCCUAUGAACGGAUACAUCAAGCUCAUGAAAUGGAUCUAAAACCUUUUUGGUAUAAAAUUUUGUGCAAUGAAAAACUGAAAAUUCACAGAAACUCAACGCAACAGUGCCUUAUGAUGGGUUGAGAUCUGGAGGAUGUGAAUCAUCUUCAUACUCAAACUAUUCAGUGAAUCCAUGUCAACCAUAUACAUCCAGUAUUAAAGGUAGGGUUGGUAAUUGGUUUCUGAAGCACAUUUAGCUUAUUUGUUAAAGUUGUCAGGCAGUGAGCGUUCAUGUGUUUUUGGGAUGUAGCUUUGAGAGAAGGCCGAUGGGAGGGGGUGGAAUGUAUCAGUUGUUUUUUUGUUUUUUUCAAAGUGCAGUCUGCUUUUUAUAUCUUUUCAGGGAUUACCAACCCUAUCUUUAAAUUAGACACUUAAGAUUCCAGAUUGAAAGCCAAAGUUGUCUGUAAACUCCUGUAUUUGUUCACUUCUUUAAAUGUCCUAAGUAUCCUGACUGCACACUGAGGCUUUGCUGUCAAACAUGGAAUAUGGACUGUUGAUGUUGUAUGAUUAAAGGUAUUUUGAGACAAAA